AUGGGUCGAGUCUUCAAGUGGAACUAUGAAGUGUCGCUCAAAGUCUUGGCACAACAUCAUCUUAGCUCCGUUUACUUUUUCCGAAGCUCUCUUCUUCAUAAUCCCCUACUUAAUCCAUCUACCAUCACAAUGUUGUCUCUUCGCACUAUCUCCCGCGCUGUGCCUCGCACUGUCUCGCGCUCUAUCGCCACCUCCGCUCUGCGCCCUGCCCUCCCCAAGUUCACUCCCCAGCCCUGGAAGCAGGUCUCCAAGCCCGCCUACGCUGCUUUCUCUACCUCCAGCAUCUUCAAGGCUCCCGCCGCUGAGGGUGACGUCGAGCUUCUCGCCAAGCUCGAGGAUGAGUUGAAGCACGAGAAGUCUUCCGACGUUCCCGAGUUCAAGGAACAGCAGGAAGUCAUCCAAGAGAUCAUCAAGGCUGGCGAAUGGCAAGUCAAGGACGUUGAGGGUGAGCAGGAAGUUGUCCUGUCCAAGAAGUUCGGCAACGAGAAGGUCAGCGUCAGCUUCACCGUCGCCGACAUCCAGAACAUCAGCGAGCAGGAGGACUUCGAUGAGUCUGCCCUUUCCGAUGAUAUGGGAUACGAGGGCAAGGAGGGCCACGAGGAAGGCGAGCUCCCUGAGCCUAGCUUCCCUGCUCGCGUGAACGUCACUAUCGAGAAGCCCACCAACGGUGCUGUCCUCAUCCAGGCCGUUGUCCAGGAUGGCGUUUUCGCCAUCGAGGAAGUCUCCCACUUCGCCAAGGCUGAGCUUGCCUUGGCCCAGACUGCCGAGAAGGACUGGUCUCGCCAGAGCCUUUACGCUGGUCCUCCCUUCGAGAACCUCGAUGAGGACCUCCAGAGCCUCUGGGAGCGCUACAUCGAGGACCGUGGUAUCAACGCUGAGCUUGCUACCAUGAUCCCCGACUACAUCUCCGUUAAGGAGCAGAAGGAGUACCUUCGCUGGUUGGAGAAUGUCAAGAACUUCGUUGGUGCUUAA